CUCCCCCGAUGUCUACAAUUGAUCUUCUUAAAAUCUGAUUUUAAACAUAACCUUAACCACACUGCUAACCUUAUGCAUAACCCUAAAUUAAGACCAAAUAGCACCUUCUUUUUUUUUGAGAGAGAGAGAAAUAGCAAAUGUCGUCUUUGUGGCUGUUGUAUCUAGUGACAACCGUUUAGACGGGGGGGAUAUUUGACGUUUCUAGGCAGGCUAACUGGCGUGAUAAUUUUUGGGGAAUUUCAUCCUGAAUAUUUUCCUGUGUGUAGCUACAGAUUUCCACAGUAUGAGUAACGUUGGUUUUUCGGCUACACGGGGGAUCACCUCAGGCGCUCCUGAUAAGGUCGACAUGUCUUUAGAUGAUAUAAUUCGUUUGAACAAGAAAGAGCAACAAGCAAGGAGGCCGAGCCCGGGGAACCGCAGGCCACUACAGAAGGGGAAGGUCUUUGUCCAAGGGAGGCCAGUUGGAGCGAGGGCCAGGGGACAGACCCAAAGAGUGUCAUUUCCAGGAGGUGGUGUACCAAGAGGUGCGAUAACGAGAGCGGGUGUUGGAAGAGGCCGAAAGAUUCCCCCUCCGGUUGGUCGACGCCGGGGUCAAGGGGUUAUCACUGGACUGGCAGCCCGGAAGACUGCAGCACUACAGAAAGGCAUCAGUCCGCUCAACCGACCUGCUAUCAACCGGAAGUUACAGCCCUUCAACAACCGAUCGCGGCCCUUCAACAACCAAUCGCGGCCUUUUAUCCAAUCAGCCCAAUACAGACAGAUGCAAGGCCAAAGGAGGCCGUACAGACAGACAGACAUACAGAGAGGCCUCAACUCGACGAGACCCUUUCAGCAGCGGAGACGGCCCUUGCCCCCUGUCCAAACCCAGAGAGAAGCCCGCCAAGCCACGUUUCUCUUCCGCAGGGGCCUCAAGGUUCACACCCAGGUGCCGAAGCCGGCUUUAACAUCUAUACCCCCUGCCCCAGUUAGACCUCGCCAGUGGCGCACGUCAACAAACAGCAGUGGGAUCCUGACCGUUUCUAUCGACAACCCCACUGCCAUGACACAGUCUGAGCCUCCCUGUGCUUGGUCACUGCACCCCCCGGCCCCCACCAGCUCUGCCCCAGUCAAGAUGAAGGUGGAAGAGGAGAAGAAAACGGAACCACCUAAAGGAGUUCCCUUGCAGUUUGACAUCAACAUUGUGGGGAAACCGACUGCGAUGACUUUGAAUGAGCGAUUCCGCAUCCUGAAAGACGAGCGCGUCGCCACUGCGCAGACCAGCAAAGGCAGCCGAUUCGUCACUGUGGGUUAAGACAAUGACACGAAAGACACACACACACUGAUCCCCACCUAUCUGAUGAUAUAGAAUUGUUUUAAAAGGACCCUGAGCUAAUCGUAAGCUGAUCCUCCUGAGUGACUUUCCUUAUGGAGCACACUUUGUGUAGAAAGAGAAACAAUGUGUAAAUAUGAAAACUAUACGGGUGCAAUUAUCGUGGAAGGUGAACUAUCUUUGUUUUUUUUACCACGAUGGAACCCUAUAGCAUUAUCUGUAACAUUGUACUCAGAUGUCGGUGUUAAGGAGCUUCAACAUCAGGACAAAAAGGAAAAAUACUUUUAGUUUAUUUGGAAGAUUGUUUUUCAAUAGGGAGGUUGCUUUGUGCCAGUAAUGAAGGGUUUUGUUUAGUGUACUUUAAAAAAAUUCUGUUUUGUUUUACAAUGUUUCAAAUAAAUGUGGCACCUUGUUUCCAACACAACCCUUAACCACAGUUCACUACACCUAUCCACCAGAGGAGGCUGGUAGUAGAAGCUAUAGGAGGACAGGGUCAUGGUAAUGGCUGGAAUGGAAUAAAUGGAACUUAACAAACAUAUGGAAACCACAUUAAUACCGUUACAAUUAUCUCGUCCCAUCAGCCUCCUAUAGCUCCUCCAACUUCGGCAUCGAUGUGGCAUGAAAAGUGUUUCCCGUUUGACAACAGUUGAUGGGACUCGCUGUACCAAAAUUAACGAAUUGCGGGAAUCAACGCAAUUACGCAUAGAUGACGCAUUCUCAGUAGGAUGAGCCGAGUAUGCUGAUAUUUGUUGCUUACUUGCAUUCAUUUUUAUUAAACAGUAGGCAUAAUUCUAAAUAGUAUGCCGUUCGAGUAAAUAUUAGGCAAGCCAGAUUUUGACACCGCCUUUUUGAUGUAAAAGAAAUAAUGUUUUUUAUAUGUAUUGAUAUGGGCUACUGUUCCAUAGGAAAUGUUAUACUUUUAAAUGUUUUUAUACUAACUACAAAGUCAUUUUGUUGAAUAAAUCCCAAAUUAACGUACGAAAAGGCUUUUUUUAUAAUUAUUUCUGCGUAAUCACGGAAGGCCUGCAGAGCAUAUCCAGUGUUAAAUAUAGAAAAUGGAUUCAUUAGGAAAACAAUUAUAAGAGGUCUAUCUUGUCCGUACCUGCACGGAUGCGGUUGCUCUCGGAUAGCCACCUGAUGUUUGCUACCCAAUUUAUUAUUUUAGGAGCGCAGUAGCCUAUGCCUGCAAAAGUUUGGUAGGUAUCAAAGAGAGAGGGGGGAAAUUGGUAGGCUCCCAGCCAUAUUAUUGUUCUUCUGUAGCAAUUGUUUUUUUGUUUUUUUUUACCUUGCAUGCAACAGAAAUGGCAAAAAUAUGAGACCGGAACUGCCCCAAAUGGCACCCUACCCCCAACAUUGUGCACUACUUUUGACAUUUGGGAUGUACAUAGUAUUUAAUUUGGCCUUUACGGUAGACUUUGGACAAAAGGGCUAAAAUAACUGCUUUGAAGUGUAUAAUGUUCCAAUCAUACCAGAUAAUUUAAUGGUAACAAAAAAAAGAUAUUUGGCUACAGAAGCUACAUUUGUUACCGAUCUCUACAGCUUCCAUCCAAAAACAAAUCCUGUGAAAUAAAGUUGUGAGGAGUCUACCUUGUCCGGAAGUGGCUCCACCAUUCAUUUUCUGGAUUCAGUUUCACUCAAAAAUCAUUUAAAGCUUUGUUUUACUAUUGACAGUUACAGCUGAUUUCGGGAUUGUAUAUAGUUUGGCUCUCCUUAAAUAUGUCAUCUGAAGUCGCUCUGGAUAAGAGCGUCUGCUAAAUGACUAAAAUGUAAAUGUAUUCGUUUGUCUCUUAAUUGUUUAAUCGAACUUUCGCUGCCAGCUCCGGAUAUCGGUGCACAUAAACUAUACUCCCCGGAAUUAGCAUAGUGCCCAUGUGCGCCCAGCUAUAACCCUUCCCGACCUUGUUUUCCCUGGCUAAACUAUGCUAGUUUUCGUCAUUGCCAAACUUCAUCAAUACUAAACCUAAACUUCAAAACGCCUUUGCUAGUUAUACAGUCAUGUAACUAAGAAAUUCGCUGGAAAUAAACUUGUGUUUUGUUGAAUAUUCACGACUCGUUCGAUAUCCUUGGCUCUCAUUGUUACUUAACGCAAUAUCGUUGCUACUUCAGAUUUGGUUGCCAUGGUGCCCUUAUGGUAGCAUAGACUGAUUUGCUCUGCUAGUUUUAUUGAAAUGUAUUAAGUGUUUUUAUGUGCAUUGUUUUUGAAUAAAAUAACCUUUUUGUUUUACCUCAA